AUGAAGCGCACAGCUGUGUGUUGCUGUGACUCCUGCAGCAGUGGCAGCCUCGCGCUGUGGCGUGGCCGGGCUCCUCGGAGCGAAGCCUGGGUGGCCAGCAUCGCCCUGGCGGCCAACGAGGAGGCGAGCGCGAGCGUGGUGGUGCGGCCGGCGGACUCCUUCCCCGAGCAGGCCGAGCAGGUGACAGCAGAGGUUGGAAAAAUCCUUGGUGAAGACAAGGUGGACGCAAUCUUGUGUGUUGCAGGAGGAUGGGCUGGAGGCAGCGCCAAAGCUAAAUCAUUAUACAAAAACUGUGAUUUGAUGUGGAAGCAGAGUGUUUGGACGUCCACUAUUUCCAGUCACCUAGCCACGAAACACCUUAAAGAAGGAGGCCUCUUGACUUUGACGGGAGCACAAGCUGCUCUAUCUGGAACCCCAGGGAUGAUUGGCUAUGGUAUGGCCAAAGGAGCCGUGCACCAGCUCUGCCGGAGCCUGGCUGGUGCUGGGAGCGGUUUGCCACCCGGCUCUGCUGCUGUUGCUGUCCUGCCGGUUACCUUGGAUACACCAGCCAACAGGAAAUCGAUGCCUGACGCAGAUUUCAGCUCCUGGACACCCUUAGAAUUCGUUGCAGAAACUUUUUAUGACUGGAUAACUGGAAAGAACAGGCCAACCUCGGGGAGUCUAAUCCAGGUGAUAACUACAGGAGGGAAGACUGAACUAGUGGCAGCACAUCUGUGAUGUCAGUCACUUGUGACUGUGAACCUUCAGUAAAG